GAGAAGGAAAGACCCCUGAUCCAGCAACUGAUCAUCCUUGAUCCUCCGGCUCUUCAAGGCAGCCCUUAGCCAAAUCCCUUGAGGGACUCCUGCCUCAGGCCGAACAGCCACUGGCAAAACACAGUGUCUUUUUGGACUCUCGUCAGUGCCAUAAAACGCAGGACUUUUAUGACAAUUAAUUCUGUAAGCCUUGAAACUGAAACACUCCAGAGAAGAUAAAAAAGGGUGUACGAAGAGCUGUGCAUUAACUCUGGGGAGAAAUUAUUUGUCAGUCAGAAUAAAGAUUCUCCAUAAGAUCAACUGACCUGUCCAGAAGUCCAGCUAUGGCUGCCAAUUCAAAAGAAUUAAUAGAAAAUGAUCUCGCUGAGCUGAAGUCCCGUUUGGAACAAGAAAGUCUCCCAAAUGUUUUAGCUGACACUGAUCAAGAAUUAAAACUAUUAAAGAACACAACACUUCACAUUGCUGUCACAGGGAAUACAGGAGCUGGUAAAUCAUCCUUUGUGAAUGCCUUUCGAAACAUCUCAGAUUAUAAAGAAAGUUCAGCUGAAACCGAUGUGAAACAGACAACUAUGGAGCCACAGAAAUAUCCAAAUGAUAUAUUCCCAGAAAUAACGUUAUGGGAUCUACCAGGGAUUGGGACACGUGAAUUUAAACCAAAUGAAUACCUAAAGAUCGUAAAUUUUAGCAGGUACGAUUUCUUCAUCAUCGUCUCUGCAGGACGCUUCACCGUCAAUGACACAAUGCUGGCCUUAGAAAUUAAAAAGAUGAAUAAGCGGUUUUACUUUGUUCGCACCAAAGUGGAUCAGGAUAUGCAUAAUGAGGGAAUGAAGCCAAACUUCAGUGAGACACAAACCUUGGAACAGAUAAGAAAUGACUGCCUCUCCAAUUUGUGGAAAGAAGGAAUUGACGAUCCAAAGGUUUUUCUCAUAUCCAGAUGGCAUUUGAAUAAGUACGAUUUCCCUAAGCUCCACAAGACCCUAGCAGAGGACCUGAAUGAUCUCAAGAGACCUCUUCUCAUCAUGGCGAUGCCGGCUUUCUCAAGAGAACACCUGCAAGAGAAAAAGGCUGCGAUGGAAAAGCUCAUCUGGAAAAAAGCCCUGAAGUCUUGCGGUGUUGGGGCGAUCUUUGUGCCUGGUCUCUCUGUUGCUUAUGAUGUUUACCUCUUAAUAUCAUCCAUGAAAGAGAUCUGCAGAGCUUUUGGCCUGGAUAAAGGUUCCCUCUGUAAUCUCGCAGAACGGAUUCGCAAACCAGUGGACGUGCUGAAAUCUGCGGUCCAGAAGACUCCGAUGGCUAGCCAGAUUGAUUCGAAAUUUGUGCUGUCUCUCUUUACCAAGUUCCUGACAGUCGGCUCCGCAAUGGCGGUGGAAGAGCUUGCACGCUUGAUCCCAGUUUUAGGCUCUCUAGUUGGUGGAGUUACUUCUUUUGCCACCACACGUUACGUGCUGAAGAGCUUCUUAGAAGAUGCCAUGGCAGACGCCGAGAGUGUUCUGGCAAAAGCUGCUGAGUAAAGAUCCUGCCAAUCUUCAUCCCCAUGAGGGUUGCAAAGAAGAUAUCAGUUUUUAAACAGCAAAUAAUAUGCUUCAUCCCCCUCUCCUUAAGUCCUACCCGGCCUCAUUAAACUCUUUAGCAGGUCUGCCAGAUCUGACCUGAGCCAGAAAGUACUUUUGUGCCUUUAAAGAAAGUACAUUUUCAUUAGUUUCUUCAUCUCCACUACAGCAGUUUUUGUUGAUAUGCAGCCCUUAAAGGUAGCAGAGUUUUCUCAUCUUCGGCACUGUAAUUUUUGUCACUCAUUUGUCCCUAUUGUUCUGGGUCCCCCCCCCCAUUCCACAU